AUGGCCACCAUGUUCCGUGCCUUUUCCUUCAACCCGCCCGUCUCGCCUGCCUACUCAGCCUACGAGGCCGAGCGGGCUGCUAUGAAUGUGUCGCCUACGUCAAGAGCCGAGUCGCCCAAACACAUGUUGAACCGACCACCCACGCCGCCGUGCACAAUGGGCGACCUCGCUGCCCAACUCAACCAGCAGUGCCUGCGCAUCGACACAAACAUACGAUGCUAUCCCAACGGCCCUCUGACGCCCGCCAGCGACGACGACGACGAGUGCGCAUCGCCCACGCAGGAGCGACCGACGUACUCGCGCGUCACUGCCUCACUACUGCGCAUGCAGCGCCAGUGCAACUCGCGCAUGCAGUGCAACUCGUCGCACGUGCGCGACAUUUCCAAGCUGGUCAAGAUGAUUGAGCACCAAGACCAGUGCACAGUCAGCGAGUCGGCGUCGGCGUCGGCGUCGCGCACCUCUUCAACCUCAUCAGCGUCGACAUGUGCGUCAGCCUCAUCAGCCUCAUCAGGCGAGGACGAGGGCGUCAACAUGGAGUACGACAUUCCCGUCCAGGGCAUUGAGACGCUCGUCAGCAUGCCCGCAUGGCGAGCAGGCGAAUACCGCGACACGUGCAUCCGCGUCACCAAGCCGGUGCGCAUGCGCAAGCGUUCGAGGGAGAAUGCUGUGUGUAAGAGGCGGUUGUAG